CUUUCUUUCCUCUAUCCGGUAUCUUUUAUACUUCCUCCCAAUGCCAGAGCAAUCUAUACCUCUGACUGACCCUAACGCGUUGAAUCUAGCGCUGAAUAACGGGAAUACACAGUCUCGGAUAUCGGCGGACAAUUUAUCAGUUUUCCAAGAACUCUCGCAGUUUCGAAUAGACCUCGAUAAACUCUGUGCGAAGCUAGAAUCUAAAUUUGGAGCCGGGGUGUGCACAAUCUACCUGAUGCAAGAUGUAUACACUAUAAAAGCGCCAGCCCGUUUAUCUAUCGUACAUUCCUAGCAUUUGCGCUGCAGUAUCUUAAGUCUAGAGAGCUAACUAGAUAUCUUGAACAGACUGAACUCGCUGAGUGUGUUUGACAAAUGCGGUCAAUACAUAUUACUGUCAGUGGUCAGGAGUAUGUUCUAGAUAUCGCUGCCGUCCUGGUUAACCAGCAU